CUUUAAGUCAACCGCACACAUCUUGUACUUCAUACAUACCUGUCGCCUGUCGCCGUACAUUUACACUUGAAUUGAUUUCAUCUCAAACUUAUUCUCCUCGUCUUUCAGAAAACACCCCACAUUACCCCGCACUUCAAAAUGUCCCACGAGGGAACAAACAUUCCCUCUCAUCCCUACUAUCCCCUCGACAUCAAACUCAUCAACUAUCUAGCCAACGACAAAGAUCCUCUAUUUCUCAUCUCUGUAUUCGCAACAGGAUGUAUCAUCAUCCUCACCACCACCAUUCUCCUCAUCAGAAAAACUAACCCCACCCUUCCGACCUCUGAUUUCUUCACCGUACUCUGGUUCGUCAUGUGUAUGUUUCCCCUUCCAUCCCACUUCCAAGUACACUUAACAAACGAUCAAGGCGGAUUCAUCCACCUCCUAAUCGAAGGCCACUACACCCUCAACUUCCUCACCCUCCACCAAUCGCCCACCGUCCUCUCCCAAAUGUGGAAAGUCUACUCCCUCUCCGACUCCCGCUACCUCACCCAGAACGCCUUCAUCUUCUGCAUGGAAAGCAUCACGGCCUUCAUCUUCGGCCCCCUCUCUUUCUUGCUCGCUUUCCUCAUUCUGAAGAACCAUCCGUUGAGAAAUGCGUUGCAGACGCUGGUUUCGACGGGGCAGCUGUAUGGUGAUGUGUUGUAUUAUGCGACGAAUGGGUUUGAUGAAUACGUGCAUGGACUCACGUAUUCGAGGCCGGAGAGGCGGGUGCUUUGGGGGUUGUAUGUUGGGUUGAAUGCGGUUUGGAUUGUGGUUCCUCCUAUCCUUGUCUAUUCGAGUAUGAGAGCGAGUGGAAAGGCUUUUGCGGCUUUGGCGAAGAUGGAGAGAGUGCUAGCUAGGAAUGGUUCUGCUAAGAAAGUGUGAUUGGCCAGGCUGUAUAGAAGGUGAGCGAACCUGGUUUGAAAAGUUUUGUUGCACGUCGCAAGGGGAGACCAUGCUCCUGUGCGUGCUCCUAUCCGUGCUCCUGUGCGUGCUGCUCCUGUGCGUGCUUCUAUCUGUGCUCUUAUCCGUGCUCUUGUGCGUACUCCUGUCUAUAAUUCUGUGAGCAC